AAAAAUAAAAAUAAUAUACCCUCAAGCUUGGAAAUCCCAGAUUCUUGCGAAAAGCGAAGCGCGAGGCGUGUACGACUGUAUUAAGGAAAGAAAGACUUCAGCCCUCAAGCUUGGAAGCAGUUUGGCGAGAGCGCUGUGCUGCCCGCAGCGACCAUGGCAAUUGAUGCAAUCGAAAACCCCUCGCCUCCCUCUCGCUCAUCUUUCCAUUUCAGACUUGUACUUUGUUUGGCAGGAAACGUUGGUGGGUUUGUUGGACGCGGCCGGUCGCCGUCCGUCCUUGCGGAUGAUCGUGCUCUGCAGUUCUCGCGACGAGAUCGACGCUAUCUGCUCCUCCGUCUCCAACCUCCAAUACAUCUCUCUGGCCUCUUUGUACAGUGACCUUGCUGAAGCAGACCGAGCACUGAUAUUAGAGAAAUUUCAGAAAACAACACGAAGGUGGAGCCAAAAGUUCAGAUCUCUAUUAGAAGACAAAUGUGAGGUUGAGAAAGUAGGAGAAAAUCUCACAUGAUUGUAGUAACAGACGCCUGCCUUCCACUUUUGGCUUCACCUCUUUCUGUCCAUGUUUUGAUAAAUUAUGACCUACCAACAGAGAAGGUGCAACAGACCACCCACUUCUAGCAAGAUAUUGUCUACAUUGGCCUGUUACGUAUAGUCGUCAAGCUCACGGUUUUAAAACGCGUUUGUUAGGAAGAGGUUUCCACACACUUAUAAGGAAUGUUUCGUUACCCUCUUUAACCGAUGUGAGAUUUCACAAUCUAACCCACUUGGAGGCACACCGCCCUGUGUUUGACUUUGAUACCAUUUGUAUCAACCCAACUCAUCGCUAGUAGAUAUUGUCCAUUUUGGCUCGUUAUGUAUCACCAUCAGGCUCAUGGUAAAACUCAUUUUUUAGGGAGAGGUUUCCACACCCUUAUAAGGAAUGAUUCGUUCCAUCUCUAACCAAUGUGGGAUCUUCCAUAAGGUGUAGUUUUCAGACUACAGGAUCGUGAGCUGAUAAUUUGUAAAAAUGAAUGGGUAAGACGCCUGCCUUCCUCUUCCUGUUGGUUGAUGUGGUACUGAUCUUUCUUAAGCAAACUCCUAAAACUAGACAUUUGAAAAGUUGUCUGAAGUGAAUUCGUAAGCAGAUUUUGAUUAUUGUCACAAAUUAUUGUUUCUAAACUUCAUGUCAUUUUUAUUGCAGGAAACGUAUACGAGGCGCAUGACUACCUGCUCAACCUCAGGUUACUUUUAUACUGCGAAGGAUUAUAAUAUAAGUUGCGCAGUUUAGGUUUCUUCAUACACAAGAGUUGCUUCCUUAGCGAUUCUACGUAGAUGGGAUCUUAAUCAACAUGGUUGUUGGGGGUGAAGUGGUAACUCUCGAAAGCAUUGAAGGAAGUAGUGGGCUUGUUAUUGCUGAGAUGCCCGUUAAUGUAAGUGUUUUACUACUUUCUUUGAUCUUCAUGCGCUUUGAUGGAUAUAAAUUUUGCCAAGGAAACCAGUCCCAAAAAAUUAUUCCUGAAUUUUAGUUGGCCUUUUUCCUAUAAAACAAAAAAGUCGCAUCCUAGUGUUGCUUCUUUGUGUUAUCUACAAUUGCUGAACUUGGAAAGAGACCGCGUUGCAGAUUUCUGAAAUUUUGUGAGGAUGUCUUCUAUGAUGGAACAUCUUCUGACGACAACGCAGAAGGUUUUCCUGUUGUACCAUCUUUUGGCCAUAACACUGGAUUACAAUGGCCGGGAAAUACGUUAUCCUGUGCUUGAUAAGGUGUUUAGCUACCAAUUUAGCAUUUAACUAUAAAUUAUGUUGGUUGAUUUGUAUCUAGGAGGGAGCUUUCCAGUUUAGUUUAGUAAACAGGGGCUAUUACCACAUGAAUGGAAUGCUGAAAUAUGUGGUGUUUUAUGAUUUUGGGUCA